GGGUACGAUGCUGCCCAGCUCCAUCCAGAUUUCGGGGGAACCGCUGUCAGGCGCCGAGGUGCGGGACAUCUGCCGCGGCCUGCGCGACAACGCCGUGCGCCUGCUCUCACUGCGCGGCUGCCGCCUCUGCGACCGCGACUUCGGCCGCAUCUGCCGGGCCCUGGCCGGGGCCACGUCCCUGGCGCAGCUCAACCUUAACCUAGGCGUCGUGUCCAGUCCCAGCCGCAUCAAGCAGCUGGCAGAGGCGCUGCGGACCAACCGCUCCAUCCAGUCCCUCUUCCUACAUGGGAGUCCCCUGACAGAUGCAGGGCUGGCCUUGCUGAACCCAGCCCUGGCCCUCCACCCUGCCCUUGUGGCUCUGGACCUGGGGGACUGCAUGCUGGGUGAUGAAGCCAUCAACCUCAUCUGUGGCCUCCUCCCCCCAGAUGGAGCCAAGUCAGGCUUGAAGGAGCUAACGCUGAGUGCCAACCCUGGCAUCACCCCUAAGGGCUGGAGCCGCCUCGCGAUUGCUGUGGCCCACAGCUCCCAGGUCCGCGUCCUCAAUCUGGACUACAACCCCCUGGGUGACCAUGUGGCAGGGAUGCUGGCUGUAGCUGUGGCCUCCAGCCGCACCUUAGAAGUCCUAGACUUGGAGGGCACAGGGCUCACCAACCAGUCAGCUCAGACCCUGCUGGACAUGGUAGAAAAUUACCCCACGGCUUUGCGGAGCCUGGUGUUGGCUGAGAACAGCAUUAGCCCAGAGCUGCAGCAACAGAUCUGUGACCUCCUCUCAGAGGGAGAGGAGGAGGAGGAGGUGGCGGGAGGGGCUGGCGACACCCAGGAACGAGAGAGAGGGCGGGAGCCUGCUGCCCACCAGAGGAGCAGCAGCUCCUGGAUGUGCCCCAGUGAUCCCAGCUCUCAGAUGGUGCUCAUGACUUCAGGACUCGGUGACAGUCUGUUGGCUGAGACCGAGAUGUGACUCUCCACUUGGGCUUCUGCACAUCAUUACAUUUUGUCUACGUCCCCAGCACCUUGUCCCAAAUAUCAGGGUCAGGCCCUGGGGCCUGGGAGGGAGGGAGGGUGGGGGGUGGCUGGGGCUCUGGUAGCUCCCGGCAGUGGUGGGAAGCUCUGGAAGCUGACUGAGCAACAGCCUCGGGGGCACUUGAACCCAAGGCAACGCCUCUGGACUUGUUGGCAGCUCUGGCUGCAACCCGCUGGCUCGGAAGAGAUUUUAUUAACUCUACAACCUGGUGUGUGGCUGUGGUCCCUGGGGGGCUGGCAG